AUGGACCCAGAAUCUGGGGCCAAUGGAACAGCCAUUACUGAGUUUAUCCUGCUGGACUUGGUGAAGACACCGGGGCUGCAACCGGUGAUCUUUGUGCUCUUCCUCUUUGCCUACUUGGUCACAGUCGGAGGCAACCUCAGCAUCCUGGCUGCCAUCCUGGUGGAGCCCAAACUCCACACCCCCAUGUACUUCUUCCUGGGGAACCUAUCGGUGCUGGAUGUUGGGUGCAUCAGUGUCACUGUUCCCUCAAUGUUGACUCAUCCCUUGUCCCACAGGCGUACAGUUUCCUACAGAGCCUGCCUCACACAGCUCUUCUUCUUCCAUCAGUUGGCUGGGGUGGACUGCUUCCUAUUGACCGCCAUGGCCUAUGACCGAUUCCUGGCCAUCUGCCGGCCCCUCACCUAUAGCAUCCACAUGAGCCAGACGGUCCAGAGGAUAUUGGUGGCUGUGUCUUGGACUUGUGCCUUCACCAAUGCACUGACCCACACUGUGUCCAUAUCUACACUCAACUUCUGUGGCCCCAAUGUGAUCAAUCACUUCUACUGUGACCUCCCACAGCUCUUCCAGCUCUCCUGCUCUAGCACCCAACUCAAUGAGUUGCUGCUCUUUGGUUUGGGUAUCCUCAUGGCAGGUGCACCUGUGAUUCUCAUUGUGACCUCCUAUAUCCAUGUGGCAGUUGCAGUCCUGCGAAUCCGCUCUACGGAGGGCAGGAAGAAAGCCUUCUCCACGUGUGGCUCCCACCUCACUGUGGUGGGCAUCUUCUAUGGGACGGGUGUCUUCAGCUACAUGAGGCUGGGUUCAGUGGAGGCUUCUGACAAAGACAAAGGGAUUGGCAUCCUCAACACCGUCAUCAGCCCCAUGCUGAACCCGCUCAUCUAUAGCCUUAGGAACCCUGAUGUCCAGGGCACCCUGAGGCGCGUGCUAACAGGCAAGAGAGCCCUGGAAUGA